AUGGUGAUGGCUAAGAACCGCACCAAGUUCGACGCAGCAUUUCUUGUUGUUGUGAUCAUAGUGGUGGCAUCUGUGUUACUAGCCAUUGAAGGACGACCCGUCAAGGAUAGUUCGGGAUCGGUGACCCAAUUAACAGAUUCAUCUGCGUUCAAUGGAAGCGUAAUGUCUUCGUUUAAACCAGUCGAGUCUUCUGUACAAGAUCUUUCGUGGUUAGCCACAGUGAAACAGUCCGGCCCAAGCCCAGGGGUUGGGCAUCAUCGAGCUAAGGGCUACAAAAUGUUUGGACGAGCCCAAGAUUCUGGUCCUAGUCCUGGUGUUGGACACUAAAAUAAUAAGCCUUAUGAACUGAAACUAUAGAUUAUGCUAAUGCAUGUAACAACUUUACCAUGUUUAAUAGCCUCUAAGAUGUGAUAUUCUUCAAAUGUUUAUCUUAUUUUACUUCAAAAUAUUAA